AUGGGGAUUUACGAUUUCUUUGCUGCAAACUAUACUGCAGCCGCGGAAGCCACUUCAGAUUCCAGGAUAACUGCAGGCAAUGGACCACAAAAUUUCGAACUGUCGAAUGAAUCAGCGCCCAAUGGUGAAAGCACCUCCGAUUCUUCCAGUGAUUCGGACUCGACCAGCGAUCACAACGACGGCUCGCAUAAUUUCCGAAGGCCCUUUACGGAUUCUGAGAACAGCAAUAGUAGCAAUAGUAGAUCCGAAUCGGAAUCCGCAUCAGAAGCCAACAUAUCCCUGUCCGAGUCCGAAAAACAACAAUCUCGCAGCGAUAGUGGUUCCUCUUCCUCUGGUUCUGGAAAUUCGCCAAAAUCGAAAUUAAUGUACGAUGCCUGGCAAAAUAGAGGCCCAAGCUCGUCGCCUGAUAGAUCGGCGAUUGGCGCAGGAUCACAAGCAUCACCUACUAGGUCCGCUGGGAGCUCCAGCACCGAAAGUGCGUUGAGGGGACCUCUUCCAACUGCGAGCUAUGAUAAUGGGGAAAAUAGUACCGCCGCUGCAGAAGCUUCUCUGCAAACGACUGAUAGUUACGGUUGGCCAGUGUCCGCCAGCACGAAUGACGAUGAUGAUAAUAAUAAUAAUAACAACUUCGGUGCAGAAGUGUUGCAUCCGACCGCACGGGCGCUGACGGAGAAAAUGCUAAAUGAGAAAUCAUCAUCGGAUUCCGGUGGGUCUCGGACGCCACAACGGGGCAAUUCGGAAAGGCAAACGAACGACCAAUCGUCAUCAUCGGAAGAAAAAGGAGAAGAAGAAAGUGGAGGAUCAACGUCAAGGGUGCAACCAAAGAAUACUAGCAAGAGAAGAAUUGGAAAGGAGGAGAGAAGCCAAGGGGAAGAAUCUUCGGCUUCUCGUAGCAAAUCCGAAAGCUCUGCUUCUGAUGACAGCUCAGUUCCCGCUGGCCCAAUACCCAUCGAAACAAAAUUCAAAACAGGUGUAGUGACAGAAGAGAGCUUCUCCUCGGUGUCGUCGUCUUCCAGUGACGAAUCAGGGUCGCAAUCGGAAGAGUCAUCCAGUAAUAAUUCGGGGCAAUCCAAGGAAGAAUCGAGCCAAAAGUCGAGCAGUCAGUCAUCAUCAGAGAGAAGCAAAGAGUCAAAUGCAAAGAGUGAAUCCUCCAACCCGCUAAAGAGAAUGGAGGAACGGCGACAAGAGAGAAUUUCGGAAUCCGAGGGAAGCAGCGCUUCAUCACGGAGGAAUGAAAGGGAAAAUGUUGAUUCACAAACUAGUGAAGGAAAAGGGAAGAUAAAGAAUUCUUCCGAUGCAUCGUUCGGUUCGUCAAGCUCCGAAAGCCGCUAUGAAAGGAAGUCUGAUGCCAGCCUGCUGCUAGAUACAAAAGCGAAAAAGGAAGCCGCACGCAAUGAUCCGAACGCAUCAAAGUCGCCUGAUUCCAAUUCAGAGGAGUCUGGCUUCUCUCCGCUACCACCGCUACCGCCGUUACCAAAACCAAGGAUCGAAAGGUUGAAGGGUGGAUCAACCUCGAGUUCAUCAGGAUUUUCUGUUUCCAGCUCACAAACCUCAAAAGGAAGUCCUUCGGAGAAAUCGCGGAAGAGAAAGUCAGAUCGUGAAUCUUCAGGUUCUUUAGCGUCGUCUAGUAGCCGUUCAAAGUCUUCCAGGUCAGCUUCACCGAAACCAAGGGUCAAAAAGAGAGAUAGCAAAUCUUCCGGAACCAAGUCCGAAGUUUCAAUGGAGUCAUUUGGCUCAUCGUCAUCGUCGUCUUCUAAUUCAAGAACUUUGAUGAAAUCAUUUGGAUAUGUGCCACCAGAAGCUCAAGUCGUAAGUUCAGAUCGAGAUUCUUCAAGCUCUUCAAAAUCGGCUAGUGCCAAAGCAAGCCGUUCCAAAUCAAGAAGCGAUUCGCCAGAGCCUCAUAUCGAAAAGCCAGAGGAUAAGACUACAGAUUCAUCAAAAACAUCCCCAGCCAGCUCAAAGGUUUCAGCAUUUGCUCUGGGUCCACCGAGCUCUCAAAGUGAAAAGGCAAAGAGGAAGGCUGGAACUGACGCAGAAGAGGAAGUAAACAACUUUGCGCUUGACAAAAAGCUUGAGCUGAAAAGUGAUUCAAGCUCCUCGAGCCCAGAUAUCCCUGCUUCGGACGAGAAACGAAGACCCUACAACGACUUUCUUCCAAGUCCAUCAACUGAUCCUGAAGUCAGACGUACAGUCGAUGCUGUUGUUCGUUCUGAACACGAUUCUGAUGAGUUUCAAUGGGUCCCUUCGGACAAAAAUGGGUGGAUGCCACCAUUCACUCAUGUGCCCACCACAAUCCAAUCAAUACCAGCAAGAGAUGCACAGCAUAUGGAACGACAACCGGUACUCCCUCAUGUACGGAGUCAAGCGAAACAGUUUGUAGUGUCUGAAGAGAAUUACAGACCUGAUCCUCCAUUUGGAUACGCAAGAAGUAACGAAAACGCUUUUGAAAACAUGGAAAUGCCCCCCUCGUAUGGAAAUAUGCUUGCUACUGGAACUUAUCGCCCGAACUUGGGACACACUGUAGGUAAUGUCCCUCCUGUGCCUCGAAUGGACAUGAAGAUGCGACAAAAAGAGUACCAUGGCGUUCCACCAGUAACGGAGAUAUCUUUGUUCCCAAGAUACGAUGACGAAUCAACACUUGGAACUGAAGGCUUUCAUUAUGCUCCAUUCAUGAUGGGAGGUCCGAGGGAAUUUUUGAGCCAGCAACCUCAGUAUGCCAUCCCCAACACUAGACAGCUUAACACACCAGGGCCAAUGGUUCGAAUGAGCGAAGUUCUUCGGAGCGAGGGAGCAGACCCACCUGAAGGGAAGGGGCCAGGUCGAGCCUCCUCGUAUCUUCAGUUUAUCAACAAGCCAACGGCACCGGCGCCACCAGCAAAAUUCCAAGAAGCAAAGCAGGAGGAAAAAAGGCACCCAAGUCAUGCUAUUAACGCGGACAUGAGCCUUAGACCGGAAGAAAGCGAAAAUUCAUGGGUCCCAACUCAGCUCAAAAGUGAACUAAAGUCAGUAGUUCCUUUCCAACUCACUCCUCCGAAGGAAGAUUCAAAGCUCGAGGAUCCAAAGGCUUUGUUGUACACCCAAACGACAAAACCAGCAUCGAUGAAAAGCAGUUCAGCUGCCUCGAACUGGAAUCCGAUGGAGACUUCCCAAUCCUCGAGAAAUAAUGCACCCUCAAACGCGAUGGCGACGCCUAGUGGCUCCUUCAGAGCCGAGCAACUAACUAAUGCUGAUGAUGCAAUGAACGAGGAUGAGGAAUCAGAAGAAGAAGUUAUUGUUGAAGAUGGAGAAGACGAUGAUGCGUCAUCAGUGUAUGAUGAGGUCACUGUAGCCUCAGCAGCAACAAGUGACCAAAAUUCUCGACCAGCGAGCCAAAUGUCAGAGCCAGAAUCUGAUUCUGAUUCGUCAUCUUCCUCAGGAUUGUAUCAUCCUACAGGGAUACUGGACUCGUCGUCUGAGUCGUCAUCUGAGUCGUUACAGCCUCCUGCAAAUCACAGGCCUAACAUGGUGCCUCCGAAUCAACGAAAGCCGCCCAUCGUGACUCCAUACCAACGCAACCAGCCGAACAGGACUAACGAUCUUGAAAAUCAGAAACAACCUCUCAAUGGAAGACAGAAAUCGAAGAAACCAACUGCAUGUCGAAACGCCAUCAUUGCACUUGUUUGCCUUUUGCUAAUCAUUGCUGCUUUUGUUGUGGCAUAUUUUUUGACGAGGGAGGACGAGUCUGCUCCUGUGGUAGCAUCGGUGAAUCCUUCAACAAACCGCCCAACAACGUUUGGUCCAACGCAGACACCUUCACUUUCACCAACUGUUGCAUCUCUGAUGCCAUCGCUUUCACCAUCAAGAACACCAACCACAGCGCCUUCGAGACCACCGGGAGAUCCUGAGGUCGAACAGGAUGCUUACUACAAGCUAAUUGUAUCCGCAUAUCCACAAGGAGGAGAUGCGAUACAGAACCGAUCAUCACCACAACGAAGUGCAUUCGAGUGGCUACGUUCAGUGUCGAACGUUCAAGAUCUUCCUGACAACAGAGUCCUACAGCGAUACGCACUUGCGACAAUAUUUUACUCCACAAGGGGCUGGGAAUGGUCACAAGCGUCAAGAUGGUUAUCGAACGAGCACGAGUGCUCUUGGUUUUCCACCUCCACUGCAUUCGACAUAUGCGAUCCGAAUAGACAACUUACUGUAUUGUCGCUUCGAGAAAAUAAUCUGGACGGUACUGUUCCAGCAGAAGUCUUCGCACUUCUUCCUCUCAUUGAAGAAGUCCAACUUCAUGGAAACGAUCUCGAUGGUUCAAUCCCAUCAGAGGUUUCGAAUCUUAGUAGGCUAGCUUUAUUUGAUCUCUCUUCCAAUCAAGUUUUCAGUGACAUACCCUCUGAACUCGGCGGAUUAUCCAAUUUGAAGCGAAUCGCAUUGGCAAACAACAAAAUAUUCUCUACCAUUCCCACGGAACUCGGUCGCCUCUCAUUACUCGAAACCCUUGAUCUGGGAGCGAAUCAGCUAACGGGUACCAUCCCCACAGCCUUGACAAGGAUGACAAGUCUAGCUGGAUUGUCGUUGUAUGCCAACUACAUCUCAGGCACUGUUCCAAGAAACUUUUCUUCCCUCUCCAACCUCCAGCUAAUUUACAUUGAUGGGAAUUACCUAUCUGGGUCUGUGAGCAACAGUCUUUGUCAGCUUCAAGUUAGAGAGUUUUGGGCUGAUUGCGACCGAUUGACUUGCUCGUGCUGCACUACUUGUUGCACUGCUCAAGGAUGUGGAAACUAA